AUGGCGGUAACAUCAACAUCAAUGGAAGAGCAACAACAAUUGCUAGAAGGAAUCGUAACAUAUUGUGAUGAUCGUUUAGCACGGAUAUGGAUUGAGGUUGUAAAAUGUGAGAAAGAAAUAAAUUUUGCGUAUCGAUCAAGGCAUUUCAAUCUUGGCGAUUGGUUAUCAGUGUCACUAACAACCGACGAAGUUCAUAAAAUCACUCCUCUCCUAGAAACUCGAGUUCUUAAAAUUGGUGUUACACAGGUCAGAACCGAAGUGAUAUUCAGACACUGUGAUGAAAAGAUUGGUCACGGUACUAUUAUCCAGUCAAAGCACUUCAAUCGUGUGGCUGUAUUUACACCGUUCACUGGGAUUAUUAGAGAUCGAAUCUAUAGAGUUUACGUGGAGAGAAUUCCACGAGAUCAGCAGUGGAAUGAGCAGGAAAGUGGUACGUACUGGUUUGUUCCAUCCAAUCAAAUCCCUGAACUUGUUCCAAUCAGUAAACAUCCGGCGAAUGAUAUGCAACUUAUAGGCCCUCUAGUGGGUGUAGUGGUUAGUAAAGCCAAAAAAUUCGCAUUUGUUUGGACAUCAGUACUCGGAGAGGGAAUUUGUGAAAAUCAUGGAAAUUUGAUGAUUGGAGGAUGGAUUAAAUUCAUGGCCGAUCCGCAUCUUAAAAAUUAUUUCAAUAUGAAUAUCAAUUUUCGUAUUAUCGAGUGGACGAUGGCAGAUCCCAUCUUAAGAUGUGUACCUCUAUCCAAUAAUCUAAUGCUUAUAUCGACUAUAUUCAUCUCUCACUGGCCGAUGAAUAAUUUAAUUGCGGAUUGGAUAGGGCCGGUUACAGAUCGAAAUCAUAUGCUAGAAAAAGCAGUAUAUAGUUUUGGAAUUAAGCAUACUUAUAAAGUAGUGUUAGAGCGUUUAAAAAAAAGUUUGAAAGAACCGAUUACUACGUGGAAUGUCCGUCAGGUCUUGAAUGGAGAUCGAAGGAACGGUAUUGUUUGCUUCGUCGAUAUCCAGAAAUCGUUGGCAUUAGUUUAUAUUCAAGAUGCAAACCAUGGGAACGGCCGAAUGUUAUACGUUGAUUUAAAAAUAUUUGAAGCAGUUCCAGCACUUGGAGAUUGGUUCAAUUUCGAAAUAUAUGAAAAUAGUCAAUUCUGGAGAGUGUUAAGUGCUGUGAAAUCCAAGAAAUUAUGCAUCUCUCAUAUAAUUGACAAUCAAUUAGAAGUUGAAACGGAAGUUGUAUUAACUGAUAAAAUCUCAGCGGAAGGUCAUCGAGUAAUGUUUUCCGUUGUUUUGGGAGCAGUAGCAGAUGAUGCGAACAGACUAUCGAAUAUUAUUUUGAAUGCAUCACAAAAGUGUACUGUCUGGUGUACAACAACACGAACAACAUUUCCAGAUGAUCCAUAUUGGAGGAUAAGUAAUUUCCCCAUUUUGCCGAUGAAGAACCGAGCUUUUAUCGCAAAACCAAAGCUUAACACAAAUGUAGAAGAAAUUAAUGAUGUUUCGUAUGUUGGUAUCGUCGUUGGUAAGUGCCGAACAAGUUAUUUCGUGUGGGCAUCUUCACUGGCUGAAAUUAUGUGCUAUUAUAAAGAUGAUUUACGGGUCGGUGAUUGGAUUCGAUUUUGGAUUAGGAGGAAACAGGGAGCACAUCCGAGUAGAAAACCUUUUUAUAUAAACAAGUGGCAAAAAAUAGAUAGUCCUUAUUCUACACGUGAAGAAAAUAAGACUGUUGUGGUUACGGUAGAAUUGACGAUACCAAAAAAUUAUAAUAGUCCACAACCACCGUCACUACCUUUUUUUGGUGAAGUCCUCGAUAGGAAACAUUACUUUGGAGCAAAUAUCAAUGACAUACGUGGUCAUGUAAUCGAGGUGGAUAUAAAACAUAUCAGAACUAAGAAAAAUGUUUCGAGUUGGGACAUCGUCUUUGUUUUCCUGAAGAGGCCUUUGCAUAAACAAAAAGAGUCAGUUCAUGCAAAAGCUGUAGAAAUGAUCAUUGACCCUGUAAAAAUCGAUGUUGUCGCCACACCUUCGAAUGCUUCAACUAGCAGUAUAUCCACUCAAAAUAGAACAGCGUUUUUUACUGUUGAUCGAUCACUUCCUCCAGGUAAAUCAAAUACUGUUGAAUACAGCUGUUCCAAUUUCGAGCCGAGGGAUUAUAAAAACCAUUCUUCGACGACUUAUAGCGAGAAAAAAAAGGAGCACGAUAAGGAUUACCACGGUAGAAGCGGUUCCCAAAAGGACGAUCUUGAGCUUGAUCCGGUGAUUUGUUCUAUGAAACUUUUAUUGAUGUCAAAAGAGGUGCAGGAAGCGAUAAAAACGAAUUGCGCAGAGGAAUACACAGCACUCCGCCAGUACUUUGAUCUUAUGGCGUAA